AUGUUUGGAGAAUUUUCAUCCACAAUGCAAAAUUUUCUAGAUUUGAUUAUGAUUGAUCUUAGUGAAAAUCAUUUCAGUAGAAGUGUACCAGCAUGGAUUGGUGAUAAGCUCUCAAACCUUGUGAUUCUAAGCCUUCGAUCAAAUAACUUUAAUGGACAUAUUCCUCAUAAAAUUUGUGAUCUUCAAUUUCUUCAAAACUUGGACCUUGCCCACAACAACAUUUCUGGGGUUAUUCCAAAAUGUUUUAAUAAUUUAAGUGCAAUGGCCACAACAAUCAAAAUCAAUAAUUUUGUUCUUGUGAAGUAUGUAGAUGCUGGCUUAGUUUUUUUGAAUGCAUUAUUGGUGUUGAAAGGACGAGAGGAUGAAUAUUGGAGCUCACUAGGACUUGUUACGAGCAUGGACAUUUCAGCUAACAGUCUCACAGGAGAGAUCCCCAAAGAAAUUGGUAGUCUCGUUGGACUAUUGUCUUUAAAUUUUUCAGGGAAUCUCCUAACAGGAAAUAUACCAGACAACAUUGGUAACAUGGAGUUAAUGGAAUCUCUUGAUGAUUUGUCCAUGAAUCAACUAAAUGGUGAAAUCCCUCCAAGUUUCUCCAAUUUGAAUUUCUUAAAUCACUUCAAUGUCUCCUACAACAACUUGACAGGACAAAUCCCAACAAGCACUCAGCUUCAAAGCUUUGAAAACUUGUCUUACGUGGGCAAUCAUCUUUGCAGACCUCCUCUCACUAAGAACUGCACCUCAAAAGGUAUUCCAAUUGACGUUGCAAAUAAUGGAAGUAGCAGGGAAGGAAGUAAAGUGAAUUGGCUUUAUGUCAGCAUUGUUCUCGGCUUUGUAAUGGGAUUUUGGGGUGUAGUGGCUCCCUUGUUUUUCAUCAGGUCUUGGAGGCUUGCAUACUAUCGAAAGUUGGACCAUGUUGGUCGAAAGUCGUAUGUGUCUUGGGCUACUAUGGAUAUGUAG